AUGCGGGAAUACCAAUGGCCAGCUUUCGAUCUAGGAGGUUUUGGCGGCCAUGGUGGUAUGGGUGGUAUAGGAGGGUAUCCAGUGUGGGAUACCGGCUUUGAUACUCCAUACUACGAUGUGCCGGGCUCAGUCGAACAGGCGACGCGAUCACAUGUUGAGGCCCAAACCGAGUUUGAGAAGGCAAAGGAAAAGUACGAGGAAGCUAAGAAGAAGUUCGAGGAAUGCGAGAAGAAAGUGGAGAAAGCCGAGCAAAUGCUGAACUUGGCGAAGCAUCGUGCUGGAGGUUGGUGGAAUUGA